GAGUUUUAGUGGGUGCGUGAGGUCACGAUGUGUGUUUAUUUUUGAAGUGUGAAAAUGAGUGCUUAAUUUUAAGGGAUUUUCCGUGAAAACUAUGAGAUAAUAGAUAAGAAAAGUGUUUUGGAAUUAUUGUUAAUACUGCCUGUUGUUGAAUUUUCCCAAUUAUAUUGCAUUUUCGUUGGAUUUUUCCGUGGAAAUGUCUUCUAGAAACGAGGGAUUGCGAGAACGCUUGGGCAGCUACAAGGCUUAUGUCUCGAAAGUCACGAUAAAGGGCUUGGAUAGAACGAAGGAUGACUACGUGCAUAAUGUCCUCAAGGAGUGCUUUGACAUCUCCAACGUACGGGAUUUGGUGGAGAAAGUUAAGGAAGUCCGGGAGACUCUCCUGUCAAUUGGGGCCUUCAAAGAUGUCCGGGCAAAGAUUGACGUGACCCCGGGCACAAAGUAUGGGUACGUGGUGGAUUUUAAUUGCACAGAACAGCGCAGAAUAAAGGGAAAUGUUUCCACGGAGAUGAAUCAGUAUGAGAUGGUAUCAAAGGCAGAGAUUCUUCUGCCGAAUCUUCAGGGGCGCGGUGAGAGUUUGAGCUUUGAGUACGCCUACAGCAAUAGCAACAACAGUCGCCGGAAUAUUGGGUUCAAUGUGAAGCUCCAGAAGCCUUUUCUCCACCGAAGUGUCAUUGGAAAAUAUCGUCCAACGACUUUUCUGCAUUUAUUCAACAACACCUCCAAGAGCUACAGCAACUCCUACACAAAUCACACGGCCGGGGGAACGAUUAAUCUAGUAUUUAAUUCAUCCCACUACCUCCAGCACACCCUACAGUACGAACUCUCCUUUCGCGAACUUGCGGGCAUCAAUAGGCAAGUUCCUCUCUUUGUAAGGCACCACUUUGGCCCGAGAUUGGCCUCAAUUGUGCGGUACAUCAUGAAGUAUGAUGACCGCACGGAUCGUGUCUUUCCACGCACGGGGACGAUGCUCUGGACAACGCUGGAGAGCAGUAUUUUCCGAAAAUUGGGCGAUAUCCACUACAUGUCGAUAACGUCGCAUAUGGAGAGGAAUUUGCCGCUCUUCUGGAACAUGUCGCUCCAAAUGACGGCCCGUGGGGGCUUUAUACGUGAACUGAGCCCCGAGAAACCCGUUCCUAUUAAUAGUCUCUUCACUAUGGGGGGCCCAUAUUCGCUGAGAGGCUUUGAAUUUGGCGGUGUUGGGCCGCAAAUUGAGGGACAUUCAACGGGGACGCAUAUGUUCUGGGCUACGGGAUUGCAUCUAUGGACACCACUGCCGUACAGUAGCUACUUCUACAAAUUCGCCCGUUUCUUCCGGACGCAUGCAUUCAUCAAUUGUGGCAAUGUGGACUCUUCUUUAGACACAAUGAGGAGUGCCAUGGGAAUUGGACUUGCUGUUGCUCUUGGACAAUUCGCUCGCAUUGAAUUGAACUUCACACGUCCCAUUCACAUACAAAAAGGCGAUCAAGCAGCAAAAGACGUUCAAUUCUGCCUUGGACUCGAUUUUAUCUGAGAGAGAAAGAUUUUUUUCUUCUCUUUUUAGUUGUCACGGAAAUUGUUGCAAAAAAUAUAAAGCUUUUCGUAAAAAUUCUCAA